AUGGCCUUGGCGGGAGCAUUGCUCUUGCUUCCCGGGUUGGGCUGUCAGCGUGGGGAAAGUGCCACGGUCGACUCGCCAUCAACGGAGUCGGUCGUCGAAGCGGCAGUGUCGGAGGAGCCGGUAGAAGGCGAAGCCGAGUAUUUCGACAUCAUCCUGCGUGGGGGCACCAUCUACGACGGCAGCGGGCAACCACCGAUCGGGGGCGAUGUCGGCAUUCGGGGGGAGCGGAUCGCGGCCAUUGGUGAUUUAGACAACGCGGUCGGCAUGACCGAAGUCGACGUGAGUGGCUUGGCCGUCACCCCAGGGUUCAUCAAUGUGCUGAGUUGGGCCACUACCUCGCUCUUGGAAGAUGGCCGCUCGUUGAGCGACAUUCACCAAGGGGUCACGCUGGAGGUGUUCGGCGAAGGCUGGUCGAUGGGGCCGCUCAACGAACAAAUGCGGCGCGAAAUGCUCGAGGACCAGGCCGAGAUCAAGUACGACGUGCCCUGGACCACGCUAUCAGGUUAUCUCGAGCAUCUCGUCGACCAGGGCGUGUCUCCCAAUGUGGCAUCGUUCGUGGGGGCGACCACGAUUCGCGUCUACGUGCUCGGCCGGGAAGAUCGAGAACCAACCGAAGAAGAACUCCAGCAGAUGCGGGAGCUGGUCCGCAAAGAAAUGCAGGCCGGAGCCCUCGGUGUUGGGUCAUCUUUGAUUUACGCCCCGGCUUUCUACGCGAAGACGGACGAAUUGAUCGAACUCUGCAAGGUGGCUUCGGAAUACGGCGGACUCUACAUCUCGCAUAUUCGCAGCGAAGGCAAUCAAUUGCUGGAAGCGGUCGAUGAACUAAUCGAAAUCGCGCAGGCAGCCGACAUCCCGGCCGAAAUCUAUCACCUCAAGGCGGCGGGGCAGGAGAAUUGGGGCAAGCUCGACGAGGUGAUUGCCAAAGUGAACGCCGCUCGCGCCGAGGGGCUCGAGAUCACCGCGGACAUGUAUACCUACACCGCCGGAUCGACAGGCUUAAAUGCCAGCAUGCCCCCCUGGGUGCAAGAGGGCGGGUUGAACGACUGGAUCGAUCGACUCCGCGAUCCUGCCGUUCGCGCGGGAAUUAUCACCGAAAUGCGCACGCCCACCGACGCCUGGGAAAACCUUCUCCUGGCCGCCGGCUCGCCAGAUAACGUGCUGCUGGUGGGUUUCAAGAAUCCGGCGCUCAAGCAAUACACCGGCAUGUCGCUGGCCCAAGUGGCCGCCAUCAAAGGGCUUUCGCCUGAGGAAACGGCGAUGGACCUGGUGAUCGAAGACCAAAGCCGUGUUGAGACGGUUUACUUCCUGAUGGACGAAGCGAACGUUCGCAAGAAGAUCGCCUUACCGUGGGUCAGCUUCGUUUCCGACUCGGCUUCGCUUGCUCCCUCGGGCGUGUUCCUGCAAAACAACCCUCACCCCAGGGCCUACGGCAACUUCGCCCGCCUGUUGGGCAAGUACGUUCGCGAAGAUCGCGUCAUUCCACUGCAAGAAGCCGUGCGCCGCAUGACGUCGCUGCCGGCCGACAAUCUACACAUCAAGAACCGAGGGCGGUUGGCCGUCGAUCAUUUCGCCGACGUAGUGGUUUUCGACCCAGACAGCAUCAGCGACCAUGCCACGUAUGAAGACCCUCAUCAGUUGGCCAGCGGGGUGGUUCAUGUUUGGGUCAAUGGCCAGCGCGUGUUGAAAGACGGAAAGCACACCGGCGCCUUGCCAGGGCAAGUGGUGCGUGGGCCGGGCUAUCAAACCAACGAAGAUCAAAGCAACUGA